AUGAUGGAUAGGGUCUUUGGAUUAUCAUUGCGUGAAAAAAUGCUUGGUUUGGCUGUUCUAUCUUGUUUGGUGGUUCUUUUCAACUAUCCACAGGCUACCGUUGCUCAGGAGACAAACCUUAGAAUCCAGAGCUGGAACUUGAGAUACGACUCAAAACCAAACGAUAUCACUGUGCAGCAGACAAUUGAGGGGUUGAACUCCACUCUGCCUAUUGACGUUGAUACUAAAUGGUUCUCCAACUACACCGAGCAGCCGUGGUCGUCUCGGCGGAUCGGUGUUAAGAACGAGGUCCAGUUCAACAACCCGGAAAUCUUCACCGUCAAUGAGGGUUUGCACAGACAGGUCGAGGAUCUCAAGGAGCUCUUGGGAUACCCUUACAUUGGUGUUGGCAGAGACGAUGGAGGCGAAGCUGGAGAGUACGAGGCAGUGUUCUACAACCCGCACGCCCUUGAGGUGGUUUCUAACGAUACAUUCUGGCUCAGCGACACCCCAUUCGAGCCUUCAAAAUACCCGGGAGCAGGAUCGUACCGGUCGGCUACCGUGGUUCAUUUUAGAAGUCUGGACACGGGAUCCACGUUUGUGUUGAUCAAUGCUCACCUUGACGACCAAUCCGACGACCAGCGUAAGCUGGGCGCUGCUCUGGUUAAGUAUAGAGCUGCAUACGAGGUCGAGAACAAACACGUUCCUGUGAUUUUUGUUGGAGACUUCAAUUCCCAGGUCACGGGUGACAGCGACGGAGCUUACUUGAUCUCUACCGGACAACAGACCUUUUCCGAAUCGGAUCUGAACUCUACAUUCACCGACAAGUACAGCAACUCGUUGACUGACUUCAAUUUCUUGGACAUUCUGGAAGAAACUCCAGCAGAGAACAGAAUGGGUAAUCUUGCUACCUUUACCGGGUUCAAAGAUACCACGUCUGGAUUCAGCAGAAUCGACUUCCAAUUUGCCAGCAACACCACCGACUGGGAAGCGGUGCGUUUCAAGGUCGGCGACAACUGGUACGACGACUCUUUCUACUUGUCUGACCACAGACCCGUUAUCAGUGAUAUUGUUUUAAAUUAG